AUGGCGGCAGCAGCGUUGCAGACCCAACCUAUAGCUAUCUCAUUCAUGGCUCUGAUCCAAGUCCAGAAAAUUGGUUUAACAGACAUCGGACCCGAUAUGAACAACUCAUGUCGUCAAGCGAAAUUGAAGGAGUCGGAUAACUGGCUUGUGGGCAUCCGCGUCAGGGUGGGAGAUCCCGAAUUUGAUGCAAUGAUGGACAAAGGUCAAAAACAACCAGCCUUUGAGGUCCCCUGA